AUGAUCAACAUCGCUGUGCUUGCGACCAAUGGUGUCAAUAUUCUGAAUCACAAGCGCACAUGUAAAGAAAUCAUUGAGACGUUCAAGCGGCAGCUCACAGAACUCUGGGACAAACUGAAUAGUGACGCUGUUGAUGGCAAGAUUAACUUAAUAUGUGAUGUGUGGCAAGCAUCAAACACAGACAGUUAUUUCGCCGUCAUGAGAUCAUGGGUUGAAGAAACCAAGGCCGGUGUCUGGAGCAUCCAGACAGCACUUCUUGGCUUCACACAGCUCAACAAUGCCCACAACGGGAAGCGUCUAGGCCAAGCACUCUACAAGAUUGCUCUCCGUGUUGGCAUUACACACAAGGUUCUGUUCGACCCGAAGAGGCAUUGUAUAUGCUGUCUUACGCACGUCAUCAACCUUGCAACACAGGCGGCUAUCUCCGCAUACAGCAAUUCAAAGCAUUAUGAUCCAGAGCAGCUGGAUAAUGACCUCAUGGCCCAACAUGGUGCUGAACAUGAUGAAGUCGGGCUCGUUCAAUCAAUCUGUGUAAAGUAUGUUGAUGCCUUUGUCCGCAAGAUGGCGCGAAAGGAGAAAGAUCGUGCCAAGCGGCAGAAGCUGGAUGAUUUGCAGCUUAGUACAGACAAGUGGGAUUGCGUUCAUUUAUUUCUAAAUUUGCUGACACAUGCAGACAACGCUCAACAAGCAUUCUUGUCAGACAGUGGACCCGCCCUCCAUCUUGCACUUCCAGCACUCGAGGCGCUGCAUAAGGCAUGGUCAAACCGUGUGGAACAAGAGAAGUAUACACCCUUUGCCAAAGCUCUUAAGGCUGGUAUUGCAAAAAUUAUCACUUCAGGGUACCCUUCCGACCUAGCUCUUAGCUUUAACAUAAUUUAUAUUGUGUAG